UUAAUAUAACAGUACAGUCAGUACAACAUACGCGAACGUGUGCAAAAAAAAAAAAAACAGAAAAAAAUAUGAGGCUGAAAUCAUUUUUAGUGCAAGCAGCGGCGUGUCUAUCUGUUUCAUAUCUGACCGCUCUCACUGGUUACAUAUACGCUUGGCCAUCAUUCACACUGGACAAUUUUAUGUCCAACGAAACAGUGUUAUCUCAUCCUAUGAACUCCAUGGAAAUCGGUCUGCUCGGCAGUCUGACCAACAUUGGAGCAUUGGUGACCACACCUUUCUGCAGUUGGACUUUGAAUGUUCUUGGGAGGAAGUAUUCGGCUGUACUGUUCGGGCUGCCUUUUGUGAUCGCAUGGGCAGUGAUAUCUAUAAACAACACCGUAGGUGUAGUGCUAGCUUGUAUUGCUGUAGCCGGUGCAGGGGCAGCAGGCCAAGCUGUUUCAUCUGUAUUUAUAGCAGAAAUUGCUGAGGAUUCCAUCAGAGGAGCAUUCGCUUCCACCACUGUUACGGGAUACUACGUGGGGCUAUUAAUAUCGUACGUUCUGGGUGGACUGCUGGACUAUCAUCAGGUUGUGUACACGAAUCUGAUGAUGUCACUCCUGUAUAUAAUACUGGUGGCGUUGUUGAAGGAAUCUCCGGUUUAUCUAAUGCAGAAAGGGAAUGAAGAGGAAGCAAGAAAAUCUCUGGCCUUCUACCGCCAGGCAGAUGUGACGUCAAAAGAAGUGGAGGCAGAGAUAAACCAAAUAAAACUUCAACUGGAUCCCAGACUACAGAAGAUGCUUGAAGAAGAAGACGUAUCAUUGGAAGAUAUGAAAGCGAUGGAGUUGCUACUCAAAAAUAAGCCUAAAGCGGAGGACGAAAAGAAGGAUUCGGAAUGGCGGUUUUUACUGAAAUCAAAGUCGUCAAAGCGCGCUCUCACCACCUGCCUCAUCAUCAUGAGUAGCACAAUCAUGAUGGGAUCCGUAGUGAUGCAGGUCUAUGCUGAGCCUCUCUUCAAAGAAGCUGUUCCUACCAUCAAUGCUAACCGGUUGUCUAUAUUCCUGGCUCUGGACUUUAUCGUCGCCAGCGCGCUUUGCUCCGUCUGUGUGGAUAGAUUUGGACGGAAGCCUCUGAUGACGAUAACGGCAGCCGCCUCAGGAGUUUGCACGUUCCUCCUAGGCACUCAGAUCAGGUUCCGCUGGGCCCCCGACUGGUCCACCGCCUUCAUCAUAUACCUGUACUCAUUCGUGUACAACCUUGGAGCUGCCGUGGUGCCUUUCAUAUUGCCUGCUGAGAUGUUCUUGCCCGAGGUCCGAGGCCUCUGCAACAGCAUCAUCAUGGCUUGCAUGUGGAUCACAAAUUUCGUCUCUCUUAUCAUUUUCAACCCACUCGUCGACUGCCUCGGCCUAGGCAAUGUGUUUUGCUGUUUCGCCAUCACCUGUUUCCUAGGAGCUCUCUAUAGCCAUUUCUACCUUCCAGAGACGAAAGGUCUUCCAGCCGACGCGAUACAACUUCUAUUUUUGAAAAAGAAAAAAGUUGUUGUCGCUGCGUAGCUUUUGUUUUUAAUUUUGAAACGAAGUCGUUUUUACUGGCCAGUGCUGCGCCAUGUUCACUAAUGUACAGAUUAAAUGGAGUAUAAUCGAUGGAACAGAUUUAAAAAUCGAUAAAUACUCUUCAGUGUUAGAUCGAGGCCUCAUUGCUACGUUGUGUCGUGCUGCUCUGUUCUGCUCCGUUAAUUUCCGUAAGUUUUAAUAUACUUAGACGUACUUUGCCGUACGUUGAAUCUCCAUACAACUGUCAAUAGAUGUCUUAACAACGGAGUACGAUUGAGCAACGGGGCAGCAAUGUUUCUGUAAAAAAUACGUGUCAAUAUUUUUUGUAUUUUAGGACAAUAACUAAAUUGGUUUCAAACUUUUGUAUGACUGAACUAUUGUACUCGUAUAUGUAAAAAAAUAUGAGUGGUAUCUUUAUAAAUCAAUUAUAUAUUUAUAUAGAAUUUUAAAUUAUUUCCUAUGCCAAAUUUUAAAGAUUCAUUGUGCAUAUACAUUGUUCUACAGAUAAAGACUGGAUAAGACUAAGAUCAUGCCAAUAGUUUUAUUACAAACCUUUAUUUAAGUCUUGUCUGUCUGUCUUUAAUGAAAUCUCGUUUAGAAAUUUAAUAUCUGAAUUACAAUCCAGUCUUUUAAAGCAAUGAGAAUGGCAGACAGUAAGUUAUAACUUAUUACCUCACCUUUGCGUUUUCCUGGCUGCAUUCGCGACUGAGACGCCAUGAAGCCCAAGGUGACGAAACAGAUAAACCAUAGUUACCGAUUAACUAUCGGCCGCCUGACCUAGACCCAC